CGCGAGAUUAGAGCAAAAAUACAACUUCCGGCGCUGCAAGCAUUUAACAACACUUUACAGCAUAAGGCUGGCUCACAUGGGAGCGCAUGAAGAGGACUUCGUCCAGUGUCAGACAUUCAUGAAAUUAUCAUUCAGUAAAAAACUUGAUAAAUAUGGAGAAGAUGUCACGGGUCACCACCGCGCUAAGCAGCAACACCAUCAGUGGCAAAACAAUGUUCUGUCACUUGGACGCUCCUGCCAAUGCCAUCAGCGUGUGCCGCGAUGCAUCCCAAGUUGUCGUCGCCGGGCGCAACAUUUUCAAGAUCUACACCAUCGAGGAAGAGCAGUUUGUGGAAAAACUGAAUUUACGCGUCGGCCGCAAACCCUCCCUGAACUUCAGCUGUGCUGAUGUCAUGUGGCACCAGAUGGAGGAGAAUCUGCUGGCCACGGCUGCCACCAAUGGGGCGGUGGUCACGUGGAAUUUGGGAAAGCCUUCUCGCAACAAGCAGGACCAGCUGUUUACCGAGCACAAACGCACCGUCAACAAGGUGUGCUUUCACCCCACAGAGGUUUACAUGCUGUUGAGUGGCUCUCAGGACGGCCUGAUGAAGUGCUUUGACCUGCGUAAGAAGGAGUCUGUCAGCACCUUCUCAGGUCAGUCGGAAAGUGUAAGGGACGUCCAGUUCAGCAUGAAGGAUUUUACAUUUGCUGCAUCCUUUGAGAACGGUAAUGUUCAGCUGUGGGACAUCAGACGACCGGAUCGGUACGAGAGAAUGUUCACCGCUCACACCGGCCCUGUGUUCUGCUGUGAUUGGCACCCGGAUGACAGAGGCUGGCUGGCUACGGGAGGCAGAGACAAGAUGGUGAAGGUUUGGGACAUGACCACUAACAGAGCUAAAGAGAUCUACUGCGUCCAGACCAUCGCAUCAGUGGCUCGAGUUAAAUGGCGCCCCGAGAAGAGGUUUCACUUGGCCACCUGCUCUAUGAUGGUGGACCACAACAUCUACGUGUGGGAUAUCCGUCGCCCUUUCAUUCCCUUUGCCACCUUCGAGGAGCACAAAGACGUGACCACUGGUAUUGUGUGGCGACACCAACACGAUCCAUAUUUUCUGCUUUCCGGCUCCAAAGACAGUACACUCUACCAGCACAUGUUCAAAGAUGCUACCCGCCCUGUAGACAAGGCCAACCCUGAGGGUUUGUGCUUCGGGCUUAUGGGGGACUUAGCCUUUGCAGCCAAGGAGAGUCUGAUAAACAGUGACACCAAUAGGAAGCCCUACCCUGGAGGUGAUCGCCGCAAUCCCCUGUUUUUCUUCAAGAAGACCGACCCGACAGAACAGUUUGCCCACGUGUCCAGUGCGCUCACGAUCUACCAGACAGGCUUGGACAGUAACAACAUGGACUGGUUUGUCAGUACGGCGCAGCGCUAUCUCCUCACUGGAAAGCCGUUUGCAGAGCUGUGUGAUCACAACGCCAAGGUGGCCCGGGAGCUCAAGAGACCUCAAGUUUCUACGACGUGGACCAUGCUCAGGAUUAUGUUCUCUGACCCGGCCAACCUCCCUGCAGCCGGUCUUAACCACAGCCUCAGUAAACUGGGCUCCUUACCUUUAAUGAACAGUUUCAGUUUAAAGGAGAUGGGUUCAGGCCUGGCCUCAGAGAGCAGACUGGAGCGCGGUAAGGGAGACAGCAGGCAGGAUAACAUCCACUUGGAGACUGGGAACUCACACAUCAGCAAUAAUAAUGAAGAAAAUGAGGAGACGGAGGGCAGCGACGGCCCAGCAGAGUGCAUGUUCGGAGACGCAGAGUUAGACGAUGACGAUCUAUACUCAAUGGACCAUGAGAACCAAGCAGAGGAGCAGGAGUACACGCUCCCACAGGAGGGCUUCCAGCUGCGCCACGAGAUCGUGGACAACCCAUCCGCCCCAGAGCACUUCCAGCAGGACAAGGCUGACUCGCCGCACGUCAGCGGCAACGAGGCCGAGGUCCCCUGCCUCACACCCAUCGAGUCUUUCUCGCUCAUCUCCAUUUCCCAGCCGCUGUUCACCCAUCAUCUGCCUGCUAGUUUCUUCUGCCCCAUUGUGCGGGAGAUGCUGAGCUACUACGCCGAGCAGGGGGACGUCCAGAUGGCUGUGUCUGUGCUGAUCGUCUUAGGAGAAAAGAUCCGAAGGGAGAUUGAUGACCUUACUCAGGAGCACUGGUACAUGUCUUAUAUAGACAUGCUGCAGCGGUUUGAGCUAUGGAACGUGUCCAAUGAGGUCAUCAAACUGAGCACGUGCAGUGCUAUAACCUGUCUGAAUCAGACGUCCACGACUCUCCACAUCAACUGCAGCAACUGCAAGCGACCAAUGAGCAGCAAGGGCUGGAUGUGUGACAGGUGCCAUCAGUGUGCCAGCAUCUGCGCCGUGUGCCACCAUGUGGUGAAGGGGCUGUUCGUGUGGUGUCAGGGCUGCAGCCACGGCGGACAUCUGGAGCACAUUAUGAACUGGCUGAAGAGCAGCGCUCACUGCCCUGCAGGCUGUGGCCACAUGUGCGAGUACACUUGACCCAGCCGGCGCUGGUUCCCAGAGGAAGAUGGGAAGACGGCCUCACGCUGGCCUGGAUCGCACACCUUCAGGCGUCACAGAGAAAGAAGACCGCCUUACCUGUCCGCUUGAUCCUGGAGUGUCAGACCAAGGUCAUGUGUGCACUCCUGAACAACUGCACAUACAAUUAGGUGAACUCGUGUUUGGACGUAAAAAGUCUCCUGAAGGAUUGGUGAGUUCAUGUAAAAGUCAUAAAAGCACCUGCAAGUCUGACUCAUUCAUGGCUUUGAAACUGUUCUGGAAAUCUUGAGUUCCACAAAACCAGAUGUUCACUUAUAGUAAGUGGUGUUAAUGUUUUUACCUAUAGAGAAUUCAUUGCUGUUAGCGAGCUUUUAGGCGUUUGACUGAAGCAAUAGGCUGCAGCACAGCUGAUCGUUAUGCAUCAAUGUGAGCAGAAGGCAACACCAGGACAACUCUGACAAAUCCUAAAGCCUAUUAAUUUGAAAUAACGAUCACACUUCACUCGUGUAAGGGCCGAUCUCCAACAUGGCGACCUGCCAGCAGACGCAUACUUAACACUGGAAAGCAGCCAGCAGCAGAGCAGUCUUAGAAAAGCUUGGAUUUCAAACCUUAAGACUUAAAGGUUUAAUGCAUUUCAAAAUAAAACAUCUGCAUCUGAACAGGAGAUGUUUUAAAGAAGGAAAAUCCCACUAAACUGAUGAGACACUUCCCCUUUAGAGACAAUCUACUUUGUAUUAAUAAAUAUCAUUAGAAGAAAAAAAAAAAUCAAGAUUCUUCUUUUGUCAUAAAUAGAACCCAGCAGAAGCAAAACUUUUCACCUCUAGGUUAUCAGUUUGCGCUGAACCUCCUCUAAACCAUAAAGUGAGAUCAGUUCAUCCACUCUAAUCCCGGAAUAUUAAGGAUUAAUAAUCCACCACAACAUUGCUGCUGUGAAUGAAAUCUAAAAUGAAUCCCAUCAUGACAUGUUUGAGUUUUUACUUUAACCUGAACCUAUAUUGUUUGAAAUGUUUUAUCACUGAAAAUAAACUGGUUCUCACAUCA